AUGUGGACACCUCCAGGACAGAACCAAAGCUGGGUUUCUGAAUUUAUCCUGCUUGGCUUCUCUGGUGAUCCCACGUUCAACAGGAUCCUCUUCAUUUCCUUCCUUCUCCUUUACCUGAGCUCAGUCCUGGGCAAUGGACUCAUCAUCGCCCUGAUCUGCCUGGACAUACAGCUUCACACACCCAUGUACUUCUUCCUCUGCAUCCUCUCCCUGCUAGAUAUGGGCUGUGUCACCACUACCAUGCCCCAGAUGUUGGUGCAUCUCCUCGCUCGCUCUCAGACCAUCUCCUUUGCCAGCUGUUGGCUGCAGAUGUAUGUGUUUGGUGCCUUGGGCCUAACUGAGUGUAUUUUCUUCGUAGUCAUGGCUUAUGACCGAUAUGUGGCCAUCUGCCACCCACUGCAUUAUACUGUCAUCCUCAGCUGGGGCCUGUGCAUACGACUGGCAGCUGGGACCUGGGCCUGUGGUUUCUUCUUCUCUCUGAUCCAUACUUUCCUCACCAUGAGGCUGCCAUACUGUGGGCCCAACGUGGUCAACCACUACUUCUGUGAAGGCCCCUCAGUACGAAGCCUGGCUUGCAUGGAUACUCACCUUAUUGAGAUGGUAGACCUGGUCAUCAGUGUCUUCAUGGUUGUUGCCCCACUCUCCCUCAUUCUGGCCUCCUACAUCCGUAUUGGCCAGACCAUUAUCAAGAUCAAGUCUACACAGGGCCGCUGUAAGGCUUUCUCCACCUGUGCUUCCCAUGUGACUGUGGUCACACUCUUCUAUGCCCCAGCCACAUACAUCUAUAUGAAGCCCAACUCCAGCUAUUCCCCUGAGCAAGACAAGCAGAUCUCACUCUUUUAUAAUGUCUUCCCUGCCUUUCUCAACCCUGUGGUCUACAGUCUGAGGAACAAAGACAUCAAGGGGGCUUUUCUCAAAGUGAUGGGGUGGGGUAGGGUGCCCUGGUGA